GCCGCCAACGCUUCAAGCCAUCCUCCUCCCUCUCCCCCACAAACCCAGGCGGCGGCAGGAGUAGCAGCAACAACAACAGCAGCAGCAGCUGCAAUAGCAACACGUGUUUGCUCGGGCACCAUGGAAUUCGAAGAGUUAGGGAUCGGCGAAGAGUGCGGCGUCUUCGGCUGCAUCGCCGCGGGCUUGUGGCCCACGGAGCUGGACGUGCCCCAUGUGAUCACGCUGGGUCUGGUGGGGCUGCAGCACCGGGGCCAAGAGAGUGCUGGGAUUGUGACAAGCGAUGGAGAGUCAGCCCAUUCAUUCAAAGUGCACAAGGGAAUGGGUCUGGUUAAUCAUGUGUUCAGUGAAGACAGUCUGAAGAAGCUGUAUGUUUCAAAUCUUGGAAUUGGCCACACAAGAUACUCUACCUCAGGAGUCUCUGUCUUGGAUAACUGUCAACCAUUUGUUGUGGAAACACUGCACGGGAAGAUUGCUGUAGCCCACAAUGGAGAGCUGACAAAUGCUAUGCGGUUAAGGAGAAAGCUAAUGCGUCAUGGAGUGGGACUAUCCACUAGUUCUGACAGUGAGUUGAUCACUCAGCUGCUGGCAUUCACACCACCUUUAGAGGAAGAUGACACACCAGAUUGGGUAGCAAGGAUCAAAAACCUGAUGAAUGAAACACCCACUUCAUAUUCUCUUCUGAUGAUGCAUAAAGAUAUUAUCUACGUGGUACGCGAUCCCUAUGGGAACCGUCCACUCUGCAUUGGCCGUCUCGUUCCAGUAGGUAAUAUUAGUGGAAAAGGGAAAAGAAAUGCAGAAACUGAAGGAUGGGUGGUCUCCUCAGAAUCCUGUAGCUUUUUAUCUAUUGGUGCAGAAUAUUACCGUGAAGUCAUGCCUGGAGAGAUUGUGAAGAUAUCCAGAAAUGAAGUCCAAACACUGGAUAUUGUCCCAAGACCUGAAGGAGAUCCAUCCGCAUUCUGUAUUUUUGAGUAUGUGUAUUUCGCAAGGCCCGACAGCAUCUUUGAAGGUCAAAUGGUGUAUUCUGUAAGAAGGAGAUGUGGUCAACAGCUUGCUAUUGAAGCUCCAGUGGAAGCAGACUUGGUUAGCACAGUCCCAGAAUCUGCUACACCUGCAGCCCUUGGCUAUGCGCAAAAGUGUGGGUUACCAUACAUUGAGGUAUUAUGCAAAAACAGAUAUGUAGGAAGAACUUUCAUUCAGCCAAACAUGAGGUUAAGACAGCUUGGAGUGGCCAAAAAAUUUGGAGUCUUAUCAGACAACUUCAAAGGGAAGCGUGUCAUCCUUAUUGAUGAUUCUAUUGUGCGAGGCAACACCAUUUCACCCAUAAUUAAACUACUGAGAGAAUCUGGUGCUAAAGAGGUACACAUCCGUGUGGCUUCACCUCCAAUAAGAUUUCCUUGUUACAUGGGAAUAAACAUUCCAACAAAAGAAGAACUUAUUGCCAACAAACCUGAAUUUCAUGACCUGGCCAACUACAUUGGUGCUGACAGCGUGGUUUAUCUUUCAGUAGAGGGACUGGUAUCAUCUGUCCAAGAAAGCAUCAAAGCAAGACAUGACAAUGAAAACAGCUUAAAGACCAACAAGUUCCGGUCUGGCAAAAUUGGCCACUGCAUAGCUUGUCUUGUUGGAGAAUACCCUGUAGAGCUAGAGUGGUGAAUUUUCACAAUGCAAUCGCCAAUGAGUUAAAAGUUUGGAACUGAUAAAGUGUAUUGCUAUCAAGCAAGUUAUCAAACCACUUGCAGUUUGCUUAAAACUUUAUUAGGUAUGGUGAGGAACAUAAAAAAGUAAAAUAUAAAAAUCAUCAUGCCGUAUGAUAAACGUUAGUCCUAUAACUUUGGGGGUGGGCAGGGGUUACCAAAGUCUCUUAAUUCCUUAGCUGGCCUAGUCUUGCUGAGAAAUUUGGAGCUCUUCUCUGGCAUUUAUUCAUAACAGUGUUUUGGGGGUUGUUUGCUUUUCCAAAUGUUGUUAUCAGAGAGGCUGUGAGCCAUUAAGCCAUCUCAAAUUUUAAACAGUGUUCAGUCAAAGGAAAAAUGUAAGAUUUGGUUUUAUAUAAAUGACAAAUUAUUAAGUUUAAUAACUGCUUUUCUAGCCAUUUUUAUCCAGCUGUUUUUGGUUCUCUAUUUUGAAAAAUGAAAUGUGUCUGUAUUGUUGCUUAUGUAACUAAAUCUAUCUAUUAUAACUUGCUUCCAAAGAGACUGAAUGUUAUUUUUAUACAAGAUGUUGCUGAGACUGGGAGACUCAGGGAAAUACUAUGCCAAAACUGUCUAAUACCUUGAGCCUUAAUGAUUUCAAGUCUGGCAAACACACUGUCUUAAAGUGUUUUCAUUAUAUGUCAAAGGAAUGUGCCAGGAAAAAAUAGAUAGAUUGAUAACCAUCUUGAAUACCACGAUUUAGACAUUAGGGGCUAAUUUUCUCCAUUGUGUUAUUUCACCUUGAAUGCUUACUUAACUGUAAUCUGAAUGAAUGUUAUUACAUGUAAGCCUUCAAAGAAGACUCCAACAUUGAAAAAUCAGCAUGUAAGCUUUUUUAAUGGAGUAUUUCAACAAAUGAUAUUCUUUAAUAUAUAUUACUACUUUGCUCUG